CCUUCUUUGUUUGUUAGCAUAUUCUUGAAAAUGAUGACCAAAGCGAAGCGGCUGGUGAACCCUAAUUAGUUGUCGGUGUUUGUUGGCAGAGCUCGUCUCUGUUUUCUUCGUCAUCUCCCAUCCUCGGCCAGAGAUGCGCCGAACACACUAAAGCUUUCGACUUUCCGACACCCUCUCAGGUUUUUCCUGUUCAUUACAUAGUGCAACUUGAAUUGGAUGCACAUGUUAGCGAAAGCACAUAGUAAGGGGGAUGGAACCAAGUCCCUGGCUAAGAUACUGGCGAAAUGGAAAGAAUAUAAUGCCCAGCUUGAUUCCUGUGAUGAUGCGGAUAAACCAGUUCGCAAAGUUCCUGCCAAGGGAUCAAAAAAAGGGUGUAUGAAAGGUAAAGGUGGGCCUGAGAACUCGCGGUGUAAUUACAGAGGUGUUAGGCAGAGGACUUGGGGAAAGUGGGUUGCUGAAAUCAGAGAGCCGAACAGAGGGAAAAGGCUCUGGCUAGGUACUUUUCCCACUGCCAUUGGAGCUGCCCUUGCAUAUGAUGAAGCAGCGAGGGCAAUGUAUGGAUCCUGUGCCCGUCUUAACUUUCUCAAUGUUUCUGUUUCCAGUUUCUCUGAGGAAUCCUCCAAAGAUUCUCCAUUGGCGAAUCAUUCUGGUUCCUCAAAGGCAGUGUCUACAAAUGAAUCCAUGGUUUCACUUAGUAACUCUAAGGGGGGAGGAGCAGAAGAGGAUGUUGAUAUGGAGCCCAUUUCCUUAUCCUUAAGUGUAAAACACGAGAACGGUGAAGGUGAAUCAGGGAUAAGUUCAUCUCCUCCUUCUUCUUCAUAGUGUACAUUUGAACAUGGCUAAAAUUCUUAGCUCAUGUACUUGUUAAUGGUAGCUUAGGUUUAAUGAAUCCUGAUAUGUGGUCCCUGGAUAUUAACUUCUGUAAAACUAAAAUGAACUUGGUUGCAAAAUGGUCAUUCUUCUGAUUUUGGCCCAA